UCGGCCCGUUACUACCGUCUGCUGUGAUCCCCCCCCCGCGCGCGCGCGUCAGAGCCUCUCUCGGCGGACACCGACGAGGACCGAUGGGCGCGGGAGCGCGGAGCCGCCACCCGGUGCCACGGUGACCCGGGCUCGCCCCGGUGGAGUCGGUGAACCCGUCGUUUCAAGUUCCUACUUUCAGUUGGGAAAAGGAUCGUGAAGGAGAGCUGAUAGCAGAGGAAGAGGAAGAGGAGGAAGAUGGGGAGCACGACCUCCUGCUGCGCGGCCGCCAGCCCGAAGCUCCGCAGCAGGAACGCGCACUCCCGCCUGGAGUCGUACCACCGGGAGUCCGAGCUGAGCCGCGAGGAGCCGGGAUGCAACCUGCAGCACAUCAGCGACCGGGAGAACGUAGACGAGCUGAAUAUGGAGCACAACCCCUCGGACCAUCCGCGGGCCAGCACCAUGUUCCUCAGCAAGUCCCAGCACGACGUGCGAGAUAAACGGAAAAGCCUCUUCGUCAAUAAUCACGGGUCGUUGAGGAGGAAGUACAGCUCCUGCUCCACCAUCUUCUUAGACGAGAACACCAUCAGCCAGCCCAACCUCAAAAACACCAUCAAAUGUGUGGCGUUGGCGAUUUACUACCACAUAAAGAACAGGGAGCUGGAGGGAGGAGCGCUGCAGGAGAUCUUUGAUGAGAAGCACCAUCCUCUUUCUAAGUCGGAGGUUCCUCUGGACUACGACCGCCGCCCCCCCGAUCAGAAGCAGAUCUACCGGUUCGUGCGGACUCUGUUCACGUCGGCUCGGCUCACCGCCGAGUGCGCCAUCGUCACGCUGAUCUACCUGGAGAGGCUCCUGACCUACGCGGAGAUCCACAUCGGUCCGGGGAACUGGAAGAGGAUCGUCCUGGGCGCCAUCCUGCUGGCCUCCAAGGUCUGGGACGACCAGGCGGUCUGGAACGUGGACUACUGCCAGAUCCUCAAGGAGAUCACGGUGGAGGACAUGAACGAGUUGGAGCGUCAGUUUCUGGAGCUGCUGCAGUUCAACAUCAACGUGCCGUCCAGCGUCUACGCCAAGUAUUACUUCGACCUGCGGUCGCUGUCGGAGUCCAACGACUUGAGCUUCCCCCUGGAGCCGCUCAGCAGGGACAAGGCCCACAAGCUGGAGGCUAUUUCCAGGCUGUCUGACGACAGGUUCAAGGACGCUCGCAGAGCUGCGAAGAAGCGCUCCGCCAGCACGGACAAUCUGUGCGGGAUCAGAUGGGUGCCUGCAAUCCUCUCCUAACACACACACACACACACACACACACAAACACACACACGCCGAGAUUGGAAACCUUCACUUCUGGAUGACAGACUGAAACCUGAGAUCGGCUUCAGGGCCUUCGUCACACCUUGGAACUGGAGGCGUGAAGGUGAAACCAGGAGGGUUUUUUUGGGGGGGGGGAGCCUUCACCCGUUGCCUGAGAGGAAGCUGUCGUUCAACUUCCCCUCGGUUGUGUCUAAUUGGAAGGAUCUGACCCAACCUGCCUUCGUAUUAUAUGGAUUUGAACGCACCGCACGAUUUACACAAACAUUAAGUGUUGUACUGUUUUUUUUUCUACCGCUUAUUUAUUCCCUUUUCACAUUUCUUAGACGACCGAAAGCGUCGGCGAGUUUUCUCCUUUGGGGGAUAUUUAUAUUCGAGGUUUUCGGUAUUUCUGAGGCAGUCCGUCUGCUCUUCUGAUCCGUCGUGAUGCUCCUCCGUGUGAACUUUGGGUUGAGACUAAAUAUUAUUACAAAGAAAGUGACAACAGAAACAGGAGAGAGAUGGGAGUAUUAAAAGAAAACGCGAUAAACUACACAAUUACGUACACUUUUUAUUUUAUUUUAAACUGUAACAUGAAAUAAAGGCUAAACCAGAAGGUUCUGGUUCAGUACUCAUCAGUUAUAUAUUAACAGGACUUCUGAAAGGUGUUUAUGAAACAUUAAAAAAGGUCAGGUCACCCAACUCCUCAAUUGGAUUUGAGAUUUCUGCUAAAAAAAAAAAUCGAACUGUGAUUAAAUUGUUUUGCAGUAAAAGAGGGGAGGGUCAUUUUCACAUCAUUACUCUCAUUUUUCGGUGAAAAAAAUUAGAUUCUCGGCAGAAAUCUGCACCAAAACAAAUGUUUUGCGUCAUCGGUAGAAUAUGACGUGUCGGCACCACGGCUAUAUUUAAUACAUUUUUUUCAUUCUACACACAUAACAUGUAUUGUGAUUGCAAUACAAUUGGAUUGAAUUGUAAAGCCUUUAACAAAAAAAUAAUAUUGCCUUAUUUAAUAUUGCCUUAUUUAGCAGCACACAUACCACGCCUGUAACACUCAAACCAAUAGCCACAGGCCUGCUUUGUUCCUAUUUUUCAUUGUUUCAUUAGAAUAUUGCUAGAUAACAUUACUUCUACAGUGCUUUUGGAAAAUAAAGAAAGAUCCCCCGUCUUGGGCUCGACGGCU